AUAGCAGUUUACCACAUUCUUGGGUAAAUUAAGAUACUUCAUUAAAAAAUAGCUGAGCCAUCUAUUAUGUGGGGAAGAGUAAAAAAAGUACAAAAUGUUCUUUCACAAUAGAACAAAUAUUUCUCUCAUAUGUAAGAUAUUUACUAGUUGCAAGUUUAAACACUAAAAAUUUUUUACAAGGUAAAGGACGGAUUUUGUUCUGUGACAUACAUUUUUAUCACACUUGUGCUGUGCUUUUCUUUACCAAAUAUCCUACCCUCACUGCAAGAUCAGCAUGCCAAUGUCCCCUGUAUCUCCUCUUUAUAUAUAUUUUAAACAUUCAGAUCAUUUAAAAAAUGUUUCCGCGGGAGAAAAUGAAAGUGUACCCAUAUGAAUAAUGUGUGUUGUGACAUAUUGUAUGUAGGCUGAUAAUGCUAAUGAUAUAGGCAUGAUGAUUGAUUAUGUACAGCACAUCUCAUUUUAAUGAACGCAAGACACACAGUCACCAACAAACAUUGCCACUUAAAACUGCUAUUCUCUGGCAAUAUCUAAUUCUCCACAGUUCUAAUCACACACACACACACACACCUCUUCCCAAUCACAGUCUUUUUGAACCACUCACACCAUGGUUUUUGCUAAAUAAAUACUUAUAUUCUUAACCACUUUGACAAGCCGUUUGUCUUCAUAUUGCUUUUGUUUUCCACUGGUUUUGUUGUCAUUUUGGAUUUUGCCCAGCCUGUGCUAUUUUGUCUUUUUUGUAUGACUGUUUUGAUCACAUUCUUGCUUACUUUUUGUGGAUUAUUACCUUUAAUUUGGAUUUACUUUCAGUUUCCAUUUCCUCAAAACGCUACGUAAUCCCUUGGUAAACUUCCAGUAGGUGGGGCUGCAGUUGUUUACUGUGUUAGAAGAGUUAGAGAGAGAGAGUGCUGCAGGAGGAGGAGACUUGGAAAGCUCAUCCUAUAAAAAUGUAAUAACUGAAAGAGGCGCUGAGGCUGAAGGUGCAUAGCCACAAAUUAGAACCACUCGGAUCACUUUCAGUUUAUUUCCAUCCUUUGGGUAAUCAGGUUGCUGUACACACUUGGGUAAGUAAAAUACCUUUAUUUUUAUGAAAUGUUAAAUAAAAUGUACUUUAAAAAACGCUAAAGGAAAGAUACAAUAGUUAUACAUAUAUAUAUAUAACUUUUCUUUUCCCCAAGAUGAUGGACAGUGAGCAAAGCAGUUAUGAAGACAUUCCUAAUGCUGGUGAAAGCAGUAAGCGAACGGAAGGGGUGUUUCACAGUCAUUUGGAUGAGAAGGUUCGUCCCUUUAUUGAUCUAAUCGACUCUUUGAGGCUGAUUGGUAUUGAAGAAGAUUUAGCUUUGCCAACUAUAGUUGUAAUUGGAGAUCAGAGCUCUGGAAAAAGCUCUGUGUUGGAAGCACUAUCUGGAGUAGCAUUGCCCCGAGGAAGUGGUAUUGUUACGAGGUGUCCACUGGAGCUAAAGCUGAGGAAGAUUAAAUGUGGUGUUAAAUGGCAAGCUGUAAUAUCGUACAGAAAAGAGUUUAUUGAGUUUGAUGACCCAUCACUGGUUGAGCGUUACGUGGAGACAGCCCAGAAUAAGCUGGCUGGAGAAGGUGUUGGAAUUUGUGAUGAACUCAUCACUUUGGAGAUCAUGGCUCAUGAUGUGUGUGACCUUACACUGAUCGAUCUUCCUGGGAUUGCCCGAGUUCCUGUAAAAGGUCAACCAGAUGACAUUGGAUAUCAGAUCAAAAAUCUUAUACGUAAAUAUAUAGAGAAGGAUCAAACUAUAAAUUUAGUUGUGGUGCCGUGUAAUGUUGACAUAGCAACAACAGAAGCUCUGAAAAUGGCACAGGAAGUGGAUCCUGAAGGGAAAAGGACAUUGGCUAUUCUUACAAAGCCAGACCUUAUCGACAGGGGAACCGAGAAAAACAUCUUGGAAAUAGUACGAAAUCAAGUGAUCCCUUUAAGUAAAGGAUACGUCAUCGUGAAGUGCCGAGGACAAAAGCAAAUUGAUGACAAGGUCUCUCUGGCUGAGGCCACUCGAGUAGAGAGGGAAUUCUUCAGACGUCAUGAAUUCUUCAGUUGCCUGUUAAAUGAAGAGAGAGCAACUAUUCAGUGCCUUGCCACCAAACUGACUCAAGAACUGGUAGAUCACAUCAAAAAAUCGUUACCUUUGAUCUCAGAAGAGAUCAAAAAGCAGCUGUGGAGCUUGAGAAAAGAGCUGAGUCAGUGUGAAGCCGGCCCACCACUGGACCCGCAGAAGAAAAAGAUAUUUUUUAUAGAUAUCUUGACAAAGUUUAAUGAUAAGAUUAACCGCUUGGCAUCUGGGGAGGUGGUCAACAACAACAACUUGUUUGUACUGCUUCGUUCUGAGUUCAAAAAAUGGAAUGAUCAUCUUGACAGUACAAAGGCAUCAUUCCACAGCACGGUCCAGGAGGUGGUGAAAGAAUAUGAUCUGAAGCACAGAGGACGAGAGCUCCCUGGUUUCAGUGACUACAAGGUGUUUGAGAUGGUGGUGCAGAGGCUUGUAAACCUGCUAACAACACCAGCCACUGACACACUCAGAGUCAUUAGAGAAACCAUUCAGAAACAGUUUCAGGAUGUGUCCAAAACCUGUUUCCUCAACUACCCUUACCUCCUGUGUGUUGCUACGAACAAGAUAGACAACAUUCAGUCAAAGCAGGAGGCCAAGGUGGAGCAGAGGAUCAUGGAGCAGUUUGAGAUGGAGCAACUGGUCUACACUCAAGAUGGCAUCUACUUCAAGACUUUGAAUGAGACUAACUCUGCUGAGGGACUAAAAGCUUCAGAAGACAACUUUGCUGGGUUUGACAACAGAAACAAAUAUCCUGAAAUGCUGCAGGCUUAUUAUGAGAUUGUGGUGCAGCGCUUGGCUGACCAGGUGCCUAUGCUGAUCCGAUACUUCAUGCUAAAGGAAUCUGCUCAGCUGCUGUGCAGUGAGAUGCUGUGUUUAAUGGACGGUGCCAAUGUGGCCGAGGCUUUGCGUGAAGAAUCUGAUGUCAGCAGACAUCGUGUUGACAUCCAGAACCGCACAAACCGACUUACACUUGCUCAAGAGAAACUCAGCAACUUUGUUUGAAACAAGGGGGACAGUGCAUAGCAGGGUUUUAUAUCAGUAAUUUAUAUUCAGCUAUUUACUGUUGACUGAGGUGUGUGAUCUCUGUAGAUUUGUAGCCCUUCAGAACCAAC